CAUGCCGCGAGAUAUUGAAGAGCCCAUUGCGUGCGAUCGCGAGAUCCUUGGGGAGACCACGAAAGGAUCCGAGCCAUAUUUUCUAGCGCUCAAUAGCCUUGCUUCCUCACUCCACAUUCGAUACAUGAAACGAGGGGGGCAAGAAGACGAGGAAGAAACACAACAACUACUGCAAGAGUUGCUAUCUUCAAUAGAUCCUGGGUCAAAGAUUCGCAAUGUCGCCAUCGGUCAGCUUGGUGCGGUUGCCAUUGCAAGGUUCGAUAAGACAUGCUCAGUGGAAGAUCUAGACGAGGCCCUGAUCCAUUUCAAGAUGGGCUUCGAAAGCUGCGCCUAGGAAGACGGCGCUUGGAGGGAAUUCCUCCGGCAACUUAUCGACCUUUAUACGACAAGUCACGAGUACAUGCAAAGCCUUCAAGACAUGGAUAGCGUGGUCCAAUACUCUUGUUAUUUGAGUCGACUCCAGUCAUCCACAGCUCGCGGGGUCAAGAUCUCCUGAAACACCUUCGACGGAUUCAACAAUGCGCGUUUGCCAAGCAAUCGAUCGAGGCGGUCGACAGUGCCAUCGAGAUGUCCCGGGCUGCAUUUCCACGAAUGCCGGAAGGAUACCAGGAUAAGGAGCGAUCACAGCUUGUCUUCACGCACCUUCUAUCUCAGCGUUACGUCUUAUCUAACCCGGUGGAAGAUCUCAUCUCUUUGUCCGAAUAUACCGCGUCAAUAAUUGCCGGCUACAAUGCG